AUGGCACGCCUCGAGGACUACGUGGUGAGGCGGAGGUCCCACGUCAAAGCAGGCGAAUGGUGGAAAGAGUGGCCACGGGAGGAGUUUGAAAACGCGUGCUUGACGGCCGUUCGACAACACCUGAACUGGGGUGAGCCGCUCGGUGUAGGGAAGGAACAGUGCGGAAGCUUCAAUGCGUGCUUUCCGGUCAUAUGGAGGGACGGAAGAAAGGCCAUUGUUCGCUUUCCGAUGCUGGGGAAACAGAUUCUGCGCCGAGAGAAGACGGACUCUGAGAUUGCGACUUCGGAAUGCUUACGCGGUCACGCUGGGAUUCCCAUACCCGAAGUCCUUGGGACGGGCAUGACUCCAAUGGGUCCGUACGUCGUCAUGCCCUGGGUGGAUGGGCGUCCAUUGUGUCGCGUCCUCUUCCCACUCCGUGAUAGGACGCGUGACCCCAGAGCUCAUGAGCGAGAGGUGCGGCAGGCGUACCGCGAAAUGGCCGAUAUCACUCUGCGCCUAUCCUGGUUGAGAUUUUCCGGGAUCGGGUCGCUCGUCCGGCAGCGGGGCACUUUCGCAGUAGCAGGUCGGCCGCUCACGUUUACCAUGAACGAGCUGAUACGAAACUGCGGUCUGCCUCUCCAAGCGUUUCCAAACCGGACGUACAUAUCCUCCAGAGAAUACUUUGUGCACCUGGCCAACCUGCACCUCACCCAGUUCCGGGUGCAGUUCAACGGGCUCAUCUACACCGAGAGGGACUGUCGGUCUAAACUCGUUGCGCGGUUCCUAUUCCUCAACCUCGUCAGAGAUCGCCUCAGCUACGAAAGUCCCCAGGGGCCGUUCAGGCUAUACUGUGACGACUUUCGCCCUUCGAAUGUGCGGGCAGAUAGGAAGACCGGGCGUGUCACUGCAGCGAUUGAUUGGGAGUUUGCGUACGCGGCGCCAGUCGAAUUUACAUAUGCCGCUCCAUGGUGGCUUAUAGGAGAGACUCCGGGCCUAUGGAGCACUAACCUUGAAUCGGUGAUGAAUGUCUACAUGCCUAGACUGGCCGAAUUCCUCGCAGUCAUGAGAGAGCGCGAAGACGAGCUUAUACGCGAACGCUUCAUGAACGAAGAGCACCGGCUCUCUAGGCGGAUGCGAGCGUCCAUAGACAAUGGAAUCUUUUGGCUCUGUCUCGCCGCACGCACUCCGUCGCUGUUUGAUGCCAUUUACUGGAAAUACAUCGACCAGCGAUACUAUGGCGAGUUCUCUAAUCUCGACCAGCGUAUCGAGUUGCUGAGUGCAGGACAGCAGGCCGAACUGAAUACCCUGACCCAACGCAAGGUAGCAGAGUAUAGGAUGAGCCCCAGACCUCGCUUUCCAGAUCCUCUUCCAUUCAAUGCCCUGUGUGACUUGUGA